GGGCGUGGUUUGCUUACACAACUCCCUUUGAUGCUGGUUGCAUCCUCCGCCUCUGUUGCGAACAAUGGGGGGGAGAGGCGGUGAGGGGGUCUCCCCUUAAAGGGGCCGCGCUGCAAAAAAAGGAGCCAGCAGGACUCCUGCGUUAAGAACGACCCAGUGCGCCGCCCGCGACAGAGCAUGGUUGGGGACCACAGACCCCUCGGCGCAUGAUGGGUUUUGGCAUCCAACUGGCGCUUUUACUCUGGAAGAAUUUCACGUACCGGCGCAGGCAGACGUUGCAACUGGUUAUCGAGGUCCUCUGGCCCCUCUUUUUGUUUUUCAUCCUCAUCUCCGUGCGACAAUCCCACCCGCCUUUCGAGCAACAUGAAUGUCACUUUCCAAACAAGGCUUUGCCAUCUGCCGGGACAUUGCCUUGGCUGCAGGGCAUCUUCUGCAAUAUCAACAACCCCUGCUUCCGAAACCUGACGGUUGGGGAGACUCCCGGCUUGGUGGAUAACUUCAAUCGUUCCAUCAUUUCCCGGCUCUUUGCUGAUGUCCAGAAAGUUGUCCAUCGAAUGAACAACCCACAAGCUCAAGGCAACUUCUCCCGGCUCCUGUCCGCCUUGCGUCAGAUCAGCGGAAAUGUUAGCUCGCGAUCGGAUUUGCAGGUGAGGGCCUACUUGAAAGAAAAUGAGACAUUUUCCCAUUUCCUCCGGACCAACGCCUUGCUGCCACCCGCCGUCGUGGAGGAACUGCUUGGGUCGAAGCUUGACGCGCGGGUGUUCUCUCUUGCCGGGACGCCUUUGAAGCAGAUAGUUUGCAACGCUUCCAUCCUUUCCAAAUUUUUGACUUCCGAAGAUGCGGAGGCGGCCGAGGUGCUUCGGCGAAGCCUGUGCGCUUUGCCGGACGGCACCCUCCGAGCUCUGGAACGCCGCUUCCUCUCCCAAGUGGACUGGGCCAAAAUUCUCGCGGAGCGUAUGAAUGCUGUGUCGGCUGAGGUUGUAAACACGCUGGACACCCUCCGUACCGUUCUUCGAGGGACCUCAUCUUUAGCCAAGGAGAUCUCCUCCGCGACCAGUUUUGUGGAGUUCCGCGAGGCUCUCCGGGUUCUCUCAGGCCGGGACCCGAUGUCUUCCGCCCGGCGGACCUUCGAAGUCUUCUCCCGCCUGGUCUGCGGCCACCCCGAAGGGGGCGGCCUCAAGGUGCCCUCCUUGAACUGGUACGAGGACCACGACGUCAAGAACUUCCUCGGCCGCAACGAAUCUGAGCGGAAGAUCACCUUGGACAACGGCACGAGCCCCUACUGCAAAGAUUUGAUCCGGACUUUAGAGAGCAACCCGUUCUCUCGCAUCUUGUGGAGAGGGAUGAAGCCCCUUUUCAGUGGGAAGAUCUUGUACGCCCCUCCAACGCCAGCCACGCAGAAGGUCAUGGCAGAGGUGAACCGGACUUUCGAGAACCUGGCUGUCUUGCGCGAAGUGAGGGGGGCGUGGGAAGAUAUGGGACCCCAGCUGUACACAUUCAUGAACUCGAGUCCGGAAGUGAGAGCUGUUCAGAACCUGCUGGAGACCCCCGGCGUGGCCCAGUUCCUGGAGCAGCAGCUGGAAGGGACGUUUUGGAACGUGUCGGCCUUGAGAGAGUUCCUGUCUCCGGAGACAGACGGCCGAGCCUACACUUGGCGCCAGGCCUAUGGCGAAGUGGAUGCGGCGAUCGGCACCUUGUCCCAGUUUAUCGAGUGCAUUUCGCUGAACAAAAUCGAGGCAGUGGACUCGGAGGAGCAGCUGGUUUUGCGGGCCAUGCAGCUGCUGGAGGACCGUCAGUUCUGGGCUGGAGUGGUGUUCCUGCCGCCGGACAACCAGAGCGAUUUCGGCGGGGUCCUGCCUCCCCACGUCCGCUUCAAAAUCCGAAUGGACAUCGACGACGUCACCCGCACCAACAAGAUCAAGGACAGGUUUUGGGACCCGGGACCAGCGGCUGACCCGUUUGACGACCUGCGGUAUGUCUGGGGUGGCUUUGCUUACGUGCAAGACCUCGUGGAGCAAGCUGUGGUUCGGGUCCAAGCCGAGGAGCCGUCUCUGCAGGGCCGCAUGGGGAUCUACAUCCAACAGAUGCCUUAUCCCUGCUACGUUGACGACAUAUUCCUGCGUGUCCUCAACCGCUCCUUGCCGCUGUUCAUGACCUUGGCGUGGAUCUACUCGGUCGCGAUGAUCAUCAAAGGGGUGGUCCACGAGAAGGAAGCCCGUCUGAAGGAGACCAUGAAGAUUAUGGGGCUCAGCAGCGGGACCCUGUGGUUCAGCUGGUUCCUGAGCAGCUUCAUCCCUUUCCUGGCCAGCGCCGCCCUGCUGGUUCUCAUCCUCAAGGUGGGAGACAUCCUUCCAUACAGUGACCCCGCCGUGGUCUUCCUUUUCCUGGCCACUUUUGCCGUGGCAACCAUUUCCCAGUGUUUCCUCAUCAGCACCUUGUUCUCCAGAGCCAACCUGGCCUCGGCUUGUGGUGGGAUCAUCUACUUUUCGUUUUACCUGCCCUACGUCCUCUGCGUGGCUUGGCGAGAGCGGAUCACCUUCCCGUUGCGGCUGUUUGUGAGCCUCUUGUCCCCCGUCGCCUUUGGUUUCGGCUGCGAGUAUUUCUCCCUCUACGAGGAGCAGGGCUUGGGCAUCCAGUGGUACAACUUGAACUCGAGCCCCGUGGAAGGCGACCGGUACACCUUUGCUACAUCGGGUGGGUUGCUCCUCCUGGACGCCGUCCUCUACGGACUGGCCACGUGGUACAUCGAAGGGGUAUUCCCAGGCCAAUAUGGGAUCCCCAAGCCGUGGAAUUUUCCAUUCCAGAAGAGUUACUGGUUCGGAGAGGCCUCGGGCGAUGGCUCCCCGCACCCCAUCCCUACAAAUUCUCUCAACUCUGCCGAAGUGAUCGUGGAGGACCCUCCCGCCCACCUAAAGGUGGGGGUCUCGAUCCGCAACCUGGUGAAGAUCUAUCACAGCGGUGGGAAGAUUGCCGUCAACGGCCUGAGCCUCGACUUCUACGAGGGCCAGAUCACAUCCUUCCUGGGACAUAACGGGGCCGGGAAGACGACCACAAUGUCCAUCCUGACCGGCUUGCUGCCCCCCAGUUCCGGGACGGCGUAUGUGAUGGGGAGGGACAUCUGUUCCGACAUGGACGUCAUCCGGAGGACGAUGGGCGUCUGUCCUCAACACAACGUCCUCUUCGACAUCCUGACCGUGGAAGAGCAUAUCUGGUUUUACGGCCGCCUCAAGGGCCUUUCUGGAGAGCAAGUCCGGAAGGAGACGGAACAGAUCAUCCAGGAUGUGGGGCUGCCCCACAAGAGGCGAGAUCAGACCAAGAACCUGUCAGGUGGCAUGCAACGCAAACUGUCUGUGGCCAUUGCUUUCGUGGGGGGCUCCAAGGUGGUGAUUCUGGAUGAGCCGACGGCCGGCGUCGACCCCUACUCUCGCCGUGGCAUCUGGGACCUCCUGCUGAAGUACCGUACAGGCCGGACGGUCAUCCUGUCGACGCAUUACAUGGACGAGGCCGACCUCCUGGGUGACCGGGUGGCCAUCAUAUCCCAGGGCCGCCUUUGCUGCUGCGGGUCCUCGCUCUUUCUCAAGACCAAGCUGGGCACGGGAUACUACCUGACGCUGGUGAAGAGGGAGGCAGGCAGGGGGCACCACCCGGCAGGCGCUAAUGGGGUGGCAGCCCUCACCAGCAAAAAGGCGGACAGCGAUUCGGAAAGAAGUUGUGACACCGGUCUGGGCAGCGAGCAGAACAGCGAGGGCACAGAUGUGGCCCAGCUGACAGCCGUGAUCCAAAAACUGGUCCCGGGGUCUCGGCUGGCGGAGGAUAUCUGCCAGGAAAUCCUCUACGUCCUCCCGUACAGCGGGGCCAAGGACGGCACUUUCGGGGAGCUGUUCCGGGAGCUGGACGCCCGCCUGGCGGAGCUGGGGAUCUCGGGGUACGGGAUUUCCAACACCAGCCUGGAAGAGAUCUUCUUGAAGGUGGCAGAAGACACCAGUGUCGAUGUCGCAGGAGACACGGAGGCAGCCCCUGCCGACCUCAGGACGUCCACGCCGGCCUCUGGUUACACCCUGCGGACGUUGAGCGAAGAUUUGGAAGCAGCAGACGCCGAGCCCGCGGAAGAAGCCAAGGAGACGGACCUCUUGAGGGGCAUGGGGGUGCAAGCCUCCCACCAGCUGGCGGGCUGGGCGCUGGUGCGGCAACAGCUUCGCGCCCUCUUCACCAAGCGCCUCCUUUACGCCCGGAGGAGCACCAGGGGAAUUCUUGCGCAAAUUGUGCUUCCUGCCGUCUUUGUCUGCAUCGCCCUCCUCUUCAGCCUCAUCGUACCCCCAUUCGGCAAGUACCCCCCUCUGCGCCUCGAACCCUGGAUGUACGGACCUCAAUAUACCUUCAUCAGUGACGACUCCCUGGGGGAUGUUGGCUCCUCCCGGCUCCUCGAAUCUCUUCUCCGUGAACCUGGCUUUGGGACCAAGUGUGUGAGGGACCUUCCAGAGCUGAAGGCUCCGUGCCCGUCGGUGGCCCCCUACGAACGGGGCUUCAUGACACCGGAAGUGUCGCCGGCGCUGGCUUCGUUUUUCGAGAACGGCAACUGGACUUUGGCCAACCCAUCCCCAGGCUGUGUCUGUAGCUCCCAGAAGUCUCGGAAGAUGCUCCCGGAUUGCCCGGAAGCGGCUGGGGGGCUCCCGCCUCCUCAGAUGCAGAGGAACACGGGGGACAUUCUCCAGAACCUCACCGGGAGGAACAUCUCCGAUUACCUAGUGAAGACCUACCCGAAAGUCAUCCGCCAAGGAUUACGAACCAAAAAAUGGGUCAACGAACAACGGUACGGCGGAUUCUCUCUGGGUGGCCGCAGUUCCCAGGCCCUGCCGACGUCAUCAGAGGUGGCUGCUGUCGCAAGAGAGAUCCGCAAGCGACUCAUCGUCGCUGAGGGGGGUCCUCUCGACAGACUUCUGAAUAACCUCAGUGGCUUCGUUGAGGGACUGCGAACGCGUCAGAAUGUGAAGGUGUGGUUCAACAACAAGGGUUGGCACGCCAUGGUGUCUUUCGUCAACGUGGCGAACAACGGUCUCCUGCGGGCGAACCUGCCUGCGGGGGCCGACCCCUCGCGUUACGGAAUCACGGCCAUCAACCACCCCCUCAACUUGACCAAAGAGCAGCUCUCGGAGGCAGCCCUGAUGGCCACGUCGGUGGACGUGCUGGUGUCCAUCUGCGUGAUGUUCGCCAUGUCCUUCGUCCCGGCCAGCUUCGUCCUCUUCCUCAUCGAGGAGCGCGUCAGCAAAGCCAAACACCUCCAGAUCGUCAGCGGGAUGAAGCCCGGGGUCUACUGGCUGGGCAACUUUGCCUGGGAUAUGUGUAACUACCUCGUUCCGGCUCUCUUGGUGGUGCUGAUUUUCCUGUGUUUCCAGCAAAAAUCGUAUGUCUCCUUGGCCAACCUGCCGGCUCUGAUCCUCCUGCUUCUCCUCUACGGCUGGUCCAUCACCCCCCUGAUGUACCCGGCCUCUUUCCUCUUCAGUGUCCCGAGCACUGCCUAUGUGGUCCUGACGUGCGUCAAUCUCUUUAUUGGCAUCAAUGGGAGUGUGGCCACCUUCGUCCUCGAGCUCUUCACCGACAAGAACUUGAACGACAUCAACAUCAUCCUUAAAAAGGUCUUCCUCAUCUUUCCGCACUUCUGCCUGGGCCGUGGGCUGAUCGAUAUGGUGAAGAACCAGGCGAUGGCGGACGCCUUCGAGCGCUUCGGUGACCGAAAAUUCAUCUCUCCUCUAAGCUGGGACUUAGCAGGGAAGAACAUCUUCGCCAUGGCUGUGGAAGGAGCCGUUUUCUUUGCCUUCACUCUCCUGGUGCAGUACAAAUUCUUCUUCUCCCUCCGGCCCUCCCCGGUCAAGGAGUCCCCGCUGGGAGAAGAGGACGAGGACGUUGCCAAGGAACGGAAGAGGGUCACCGGUGGGGUCCCAGCUGGGGACAUCCUCGUACUGCAACAGCUGACGAAGAUCUACCGGAGGACCAAGAAGCCAGCGGUGGAUCGCUUGUGCGUGGGGAUCCCUCCGGGGGAAUGUUUUGGUCUCCUGGGGGUCAACGGCGCUGGGAAAACGUCAACUUUCAAAAUGCUAACGGGAGACUCGCAGGUGACGUCGGGCAGAGCCUUCCUGAAAGGCUACAGCGUGCUCACUGACCUGCAAGCCGUCCACCAGAACAUGGGGUAUUGCCCCCAGUUUGACGCCAUCAACGACCUGCUAACCGGACGCGAACAUCUCGUCUUCUACUCUCGCCUGCGCGGGGUUCCGGAGACCGAAAUUCCUGGGGUGGUCAAAUGGGGGCUGUCGACGCUUGGCCUGGCUGCCUACGCGGACAGGCCCGCCGGACGGUACAGCGGCGGCAACAAACGCAAGCUCUCCACGGCCAUCGCGCUCAUCGGAGCGCCACCGGUCAUCUUUCUGGAUGAGCCGACGACGGGAAUGGACCCUCGGGCCAAGCGCUUCCUCUGGAACUGCAUCCUUGGCGUGAUAAGGGACGGCCGGUCGGUGGUCCUCACGUCCCACAGCAUGGAGGAGUGCGAGGCACUUUGCACCAGGAUGGCGAUCAUGGUGAACGGCCGUUUCAGAUGUCUGGGGAGUGUGCAGCAUCUGAAGAACAAGUUCGGAGACGGCUACACCAUCGUCCUCCGGGUCUCCAGCGCCGACCUGGGUCCUGUGGAGGAAUUCAUCCAAGACUCUUUCCCCGGAAUCAUCUUGAAGGAGAAGCACCAUUGCACCCUCCAGUACCAGCUGCCUUCUCGCAGCUGCUCCCUGGCCAAUAUCUUUGGCAUCCUCUCAGCUCACCAGACCACCUUCCACAUUGAAGAUUACUCCGUUUCGCAAACGACCCUCGACCAGGUGUUCGUUCACUUCGCCAAAGACCAAAGCGACGAGGAUAGCUCCCCCGCGGACCACUCCCCAGCCCCCAGCCGCUGGAGAAGAAUCCUCGGUUUACUGGAGGACAAGAACUUAGAAGAAACCCGGGUUUGAGAGACACGAUCGGGACUUGAACCUCGUAUUGAGGGUGGGGCAUUGGGGGGGGUCGUCUCCACGCCCCUGAAGGUGGACUUGAACCCACACGAGUGACCCCCUCCAUUUCCCUGCGUCUCAGAGGCUCUGCCUUCUCAAAGGAGCGAAUGUAAGGACGGGGUCUCUCAGGAGCUAAUGCUUAACAGGCAGUGCCCCCCAUCCUUAGAUCCCUCCGGUAAGGGGGUCUGGAAAGCAGAGAAUAUGUAGGUAUGGAGCUGUGGGGGGGGGGGCGGGCAGGGAAGAGAAAUGAAUUUGGAGAUCUGAACCUACCUCAUUUGCCCUUCCCGAACCAAUACACGAACUGAAAUGGGGCCGUUUUUCCGGGAUUCGCGUUCUGCCGAAUUUUCUCCACAUGCAAAAAUUGUGUAUUUGCAUUCACACACACACACACACACACACACACACACACACAUGCGAAGUAUAUAUUAGGUGGGAAUCAUGUGCGGAAAAUUAAGCAUAGCUGUGAAAACGAUGUUGUAUCCCGGAAGGUCUCGUUUACAAGAUGGAGUAAAGCUUUUUGCAAGCUGGUUUUAAAUUGCUGGACUUGGCAGGCGCAGCAUUAGAGAAACCAACAAUUUAAAAGCUGGGGGGGGGGGGUUGCAGCUAGGUCAUAGCUGCCAAGUCUCCCGUUUUUCGCGGGAACCUCCCGGAUUUUAAUCCGUUUCCCGCUGUUAUCCCGAAUAGAAAAAAAAUCCUAUAAACCCCCCGAUUUCCUACCUGCCAGGGAGGCUCCUUCUGCGCAUGUCUGGACAUGCGCAGAACCGAUUUUGGGUGCCGCUCUGCCCAUGUCUGGGCACCGGGAAUCGGGCAGAGUGGUACCGGAAGUCGCUUCUACGCAUAGAAGCGACUUCCGGUGCCGCGCCGCUGAUCCCGGACUUUUUCAACGGGAGACUUGGCAGCUAUGAGCUAGGUAAAGGGGCAGAACGGGAGGUGUUUUGAGAACUUUGGAGUUUGGCCUCUGGCAAAUGGCUGCUGUGCAUCAUAAAAUAACUUAUUCUUGCUUUUGCCGCUAGCGCAUCCUGAGCAGAGUCUCCCCCCCUUCUCUGCUUUGCUGUGGUUGAUAUUUUGUUGCCCAGCUCGUUUUGGCCAAAGUUGAUGAACUUUUUAAAAAUGAAUUCCCCCCAACCCCAACCCCCAAAAUGGAAUUUUCAGAGCUAGAGUCGUACCUCGCAAGUUGAACAGAAUCCAUUCUGGAAGUCCGUUCGACUUCCAAAACGUUCGGAAACCAAAGCACAGCUUCCGAUUGGCAGCAGGAAGCUCCUGCUGCCAAUCGGAAGCCGCGCUUGACGUUUGGCUUCCGAAAAUAGUCCACAACCUGGAACAGUGACUUCCGGGUUUGCUGCGUUUGGGAGCUAAAACGUUUGAGAACUAAGCUGUUCAAAAGCCAAGGUACGGCUGUGUUUUUAAGGAAAUUAAAUGUCAACACUUCCCACACGGGUUGCCAUACGCCUGGGUUUUCCGACGGAUGAAUCCCGGAUAUGUCGGGGGUGGGGAACUAUGGCACCCCUAUUUCAAAUUAACGCCUGCCUUCGUUCUCUGCUGGGUUCUCUCCUGCCCCAGUUUUUGGACAACCAUAUGCAUAGUUUUUCAGCAUGAGUGGUCGUUCGGACGUUCAGAGAAUGCGCUGGCUGCUGCAAUUUUCUAGGGGAAAAACGCCUGGGGAAUUCAAGGCCCGUGGCUGUGCCCACUUCUUACAAUCUGGGAGUUCGGUGGCACAGUGUGAGAGAGGGAGGGGGGUCUCUAUUUGCAGCUGGCAGCGGCUUGCUCACAUGGCAGGGGUCGGACUCAGCCCCUGGUGUACCCCCAAGCUGCUUUGCUGUCCUUUCUGCAGAUGGGGGCCGCUCACCCUCAUCGUACAUUCUGCCUUCAGCUCCUUAUGUUUAUAUGCUGGACGUUGGAAACAAACAUAUAUAUAUAUAUGCUAUGAAUAA